UGUAUGGCAAUAAUUUAUACGUAAAUAAUACGUGUAUCUAUAUAAUUAUUGUAUACUUGAGUGGAUAAAACUGAAAAAAGCACAAUGUCGGAUGAUGAAUCUAUAAUCAUGGCACCUGAAGCUGGUGAAGGAAAAGAUGCUUAUCCUUAUGGGGAAUAUGAAGGAGGUAGGGAUGACCAUUUGGACAGACACGGCUUUGGUAGCGCAUUAUUACCAAAUAACGAUGUUUACGAAGGAAAUUAUGUCCAUGGAAAAAGACAUGGUCUGGGACUAUAUUGUUUCAAAAAUGGGGCCAGAUACUACGGUGAAUGGAAAAAAGGUCUAAAGCAUGGAAAGGGUGUUUUUUACUAUCCAGAUGGCUCAAAAUACGUUGGAAUGUGGAGGAAAGACUUGAAGCAUGGUCAUGGUUUCUAUUACUAUAUCAAUGGGGACAUCUUUGAAGGCAACUAUUAUAAGAACCAGCGUUGUGGAUUGGGAAGCUAUAAAUAUGCUGAUAAUAACGUUGUUGCAUAUGGAGUAUGGAGAGAUGGCCAGAUGAACGGAUCAGGUGUCAUUAGAUAUGCACCAUAUCGUUUUCAUGGAUACUUCGAGAAAAACCUACCUAUAGGACCAGGAUGCUUCACCUUCGAUGGAAAAUAUAUUUUGCACGGUUUUUAUGUCAACUUGAGAGAUCCCGCUUUCGAUUAUGUUAGCAGUGAUGUACUGAACCUAGAAGGUGAAAAUCCGGAAGAAACAAAAGGUAACUUGCAGCUCCCGAAAGGCAUAGUGCCCAUUUGGCGAUCAAGAAAUAUAACCGAAUACAAGGAAGAACUUCUUCCGCCAGAUCCAACGGAUUUUCCUCGUGCCGAAUCUCUGGAUUCCGUUAUGGAUAUAAUCGAGUAUCUUCAAAAACAGUACGGCCAAGAGCAAGCCAUGCCUGUGGAAGAGGAAAUGGAUGACCAUAGGCAAACCACUUCACCAGUACCCACUGACUUAUUGAUAGAUGAUGAGACUGCACAGUCACAACCAGGAAAUAUUGACGUUUAAAACUAAUAGUUUGAUUUAGGAUGAAGUUUCAAUGCUUUCAAAUUGUUAAUAAAUCAACUUACUCAGC